AUGGGUGGAGUAGUUGUACUUAUUGCUGGCGAUUUUAGGCAAACAUUACCAGUUAUUCCAAAGGGUACCAUGGCUGAUGAGCUAAAAGCUUGCUUGAAAUCUUCGUAUCUUUGGAGACAUGUUGUACCAUUAAAACUCAGUACUAACAUGAGAGUGCACUUACGAGGUGACGUAUCUGCCGGCCGUUUCGCUGAACAACUUCUCGCAAUUGGAAAUGGCAAAAUACCUGCUGACCCAGUCAGUGGACUUAUUAAUAUUUCAGACAACUUUUGCAAUAUCGUUGAAUCAGUCGAAGAACUCAAGAAUAAAGUGUUUCCAAACAUUCAAACUCAGUACAAGGAUCACAAAUGGUUAUGUGAACGCGCUAUUCUAGCUCCGAAAAACGUCAAUGUAAAUGCUAUCAAUGUACAAAUACAGCAACAACUUCCUGGUGAAGCUAUAUCUUACAAAUCAAUUGAUACAGUUAAAGAUAUCGACAUGGUAGUUCAGUAUCCAACUGAUUUUCUCAAUUCACUCGAACCUUCUGGAAUGCCACCACAUAACUUGCAUCUGAAAAUUGGAUCAUCUAUUAUGCUCCUAAGAAAUCUGGAUGCACCAAGAUUAUGUAAUGGUACAAGGCUAUGUGUCAAAACUCUAAUGCCUCAUGUAAUCGAAGCAACGAUCAUGACAGGUUGUGCAAAAGGUGAAGAUGCAUUCAUACCAAAAAUACCUUUGCUCCCUUCUGAUAUACCAUUCGAAUUUACACGACUUCAGUUUCCAGUACGGCUUGCCUUCGCAAUGUCUAUUAAUAAGGCUCAAGGGCAAUCACUUAAAGUUGCUGGUGUCCAUUUAGAAACUCCUUGCUUUUCUCAUGGUCAACUUUAUGUGGCAUGCUCGAGAGUAGGAACUGGAGAGAAUUUAUAUGUUUUUGCUCCAGAUGGAAAAACGAAGAACAUCGUGUACAAAACAGCUUUACAAUGA